AUGCAAACUCAUCUCACACUCACUACUCUCUUCCUCUACUUCUUCUUAACUCUCUCAACCUCCAUCUUCGCCCAUGAUCAACCCCAACCCCAAGAUCUAGUCCGUUCCUCAUGCCUUCACGCCAGAUACCCAAAGCUAUGUCUCCGAACACUCUCCACCUACACCGGCCCCGCCAAAAGCCCUUUAGACAUAGCCCAGGCCGCACUCCGGGUAAGCUUAGCCCACGCUAAGAGAGUUUCAAAAUAUAUCGGAGCUUCUAAUGUUGGUGCCCAACGCAGCAGCUUGAGUAAGCGCCAGCAGGCUGAUCUCAGCGACUGCAAAGAGCAGAUAGCGGAUUCCGUUGAUGAACUUCGGAAGAGCCUGGAGGAGUUGCAGCAUAUGCGACCGGAGACUUUCCGGUGGCAGAUGAGCAAUGCUUUGACGUGGGUGAGUGCUGCUCUUACUGAUGGUGAUACUUGUCUUGAUGGGAAUGUGAUGCCGGAUGUGAAGAAGAGGGUUACUGAUCUUGCGAGAGUGACGAGUAAUGCUCUUUACUUGAUUAAUCGUGUUGGAUGA